GUGACCUUCAGAUGCACCGAAUUUGACGUUUGCUAACCUACAAAAAAUUAUUUUCGUUUGAAUUUUCUACCCGCGUAGACAUGUUAUAUGUAUUAAAAUUACCGUAUAUAAUUUCGAAUCACUGAAACUGUGCGUUGCAUUAAUCGUGCCACGUGAAUUGUGAAUUUUUCAGUGAUAAGUUACAAGUUUUACCGGUUCGGAACACUUUCCUUUGCUUUCAUUUAAAUCGGUAACGAUGUCGCGCGAUCGCACCUCGAGGCGGUUCUACCGCGCGGAGUCAACUCACGACCUGCUGUCUUACAUGGACAAGGGUCAGGCGGCCCUGGAGGAGAACAGGUGGACCUUUGAAACCGCAUGGGAGGCAGCUAACAAAGUUGGCGGUAUUUACACAGUUAUAAGAUCCAAGGCGUACGUUUCGACUGAGGAAAUGGGAGAAAAUUAUUGUCUUUUGGGUCCAUUUAAGGAGCAAUGCGCAAGAACUGAAGUCGAGGAGGCAGAGUUCCCUCCCAACUCCCCCCUCACAACUGCUGUCAACGUUAUGAGAAGUCAAGGAUAUAAAGUCCAUACAGGAACUUGGCUAGUUGAUGGAAAUCCUCAAAUUAUUCUGUUCGACAUCGGUUCAGCCGCUUGGCAGAUGGACAGUUAUAAGCAGGAGCUGUGGGACACCACAUCCAUUGGCAUACCCCACCUGGACGUGGAGGCGAAUGAUGCUGUUAUUCUUGGGUUCAUGGUGGCACACUUUAUCACUGAGUUCCGUAAAGCAGCCGAAGGCUACAGCGAUACUCCGCCACGGGUCGUCGCGCACUUCCACGAGUGGCAAGCUGGUAUCGGUCUGAUUGUUUUAAGGGUUCGUCACGUUGACGUAGCGACAGUGUUCACGACUCACGCAACACUACUCGGCCGGUACCUCUGCGCUGGCAACACUGACUUCUAUAAUAACUUGGAUAAGUUCUCUGUGGACGAGGAGGCCGGCAAGCGGCAGAUUUACCAUCGCUACUGCAUGGAGCGCGCAGCGGCGCAUAUGACGCACGUCUUCACCACCGUCUCCGACAUCACGGGUUACGAAGCGGAGCAUCUGCUGAAACGGAAGCCGGACUUCAUCACACCGAACGGUCUGAACGUCAAGAAGUUUUCAGCGCUGCACGAGUUUCAGAAUUUACACGCGUUAGCCAAGGAUAAAAUAAACGAAUUCUCUAGAGGACAUUUCUAUGGGCACUUCAACUUCGAUCUCGACAAAACAUUGUAUUUCUUCAUUGCUGGACGAUACGAGUUUGGUAACAAAGGGGCGGAUAUCUUCAUAGAGGCGCUGGCGAGGUUGAACCAUUAUUUGAAGUCUUCAGGCUCUGAAAUGACAGUGGUGGCGUUUCUAAUAUUUCCCGCGAAAACAAAUAACUUCAACGUGGAGAGUUUGAGGGGGCACGCCGUCACGAAGGCUCUGAGGGACACGAUCAACGACAUCCAACAGAAGAUCGGCAAGCGAAUGUAUGACAUAUGUUUGAGCGGUCACUUGCCGGACGCGUCUGAUCUCCUCCACAAGGAGGACACGGUUCGCCUCAAGCGCUGUAUCUACGCGCUGCAGCGCGACGGCCUGCCGCCCGUCACCACGCACAAUGUUGUGGACGAUUGGAGUGACCCCGUGUUGAACUCCGUACGUCGCUGUCAGCUGUUCAAUACGGUCAACGAUAAAGUUAAAGUGAUCUUCCACCCCGAGUUCCUGACGUCCACAAACCCUCUGUUCGGGCUGGACUACGAGGAGUUCGUCCGCGGCUGCCACUUGGGCGUGUUCCCCUCCUACUACGAGCCGUGGGGGUACACGCCGGCCGAGUGCACCGUCAUGGGCAUACCCAGCAUCACCACCAAUCUAUCCGGAUUCGGUUGUUUCAUGCAAGAGAACAUAGCGGACCCCAUGUCCUACGGUAUAUACGUGGUGGACCGCCGGUAUAUAUCACUGGAGGGUUCCGUGCAGCAGCUAGCGCAGUACAUGUUUGAUUUUACCAAGUUGACGCGUCGACAACGUAUCAUCCAGAGGAACAGAACCGAAAGACUGUCAGACCUCAUGGACUGGAGGAAUCUAGGAAUUUAUUACCGUCAAGCGCGAGCCGAAGCGCUGAAGAUAGUGUAUCCAGAUUACGUGGACCACAUGGACCAGGAGCUCGGCAAGCGAUUCAACUACCCGCGACCCAUCUCCGAACCUCCCAGCCCCACACAUUCUAUGCGGCGAAGUCACCACGAAAUGUCGUGGCUCACGGCUUCCUAUCACAAGGAAAUAGAAAAACACAGAGACACAAAAGACGAAGAAGUCCAAACAGAAAUAGAUCAGAAACGAAAUGCGAUCAUCAGAAAAUCUCUUGAAAUCCUCGAAAUAACAGACUUGGAGAGCGGAACGGAUUUAGAAGUAACGUUCGAGAAGAAUCUAGAUUUCACAGAGUCAGAACAAGAGGAUUACCAGACGCCCAACGAUUUCUUGGAACCACUGACUGAGGCUGUCACAGAGCAAAUAGAUCAGCUCAUAUCUAAGUUGGGAGACUGUGUCGAGUCUUCGGAGUAGGAGCGACCACACCAGCGGCAUCAGUUCACGGUUCAGAAGACGAAGAUGAAGUAGACGAAGAGAAGGAACUAGCUGAAUUGAGAAUUUCUGAUAAAUAAUUUACAAAUAAACAAUAUAUAGGUUACGAAAUAGCCCACAAGUGGGAAACUAGAUUUGAUAUGAAGCACUUACCUAGGUAUCUGUAGAGCUAUUCGGUCAAGAAACUCAAAACUCACUAAUUGAAUGUUUAUGGAAAUGCUUUGCCUUUAAUAAUCGUAAUAGUUACCCGUCCACAAGUAGAAUAAUUGCAUAGAUCAUAUUGAAUGCCAAUGACCUUUGUAGGCAGAAAAACUCGCCGAAAAUUCAUCUCAAUUGGAUGAACGUGUUAAAAUAUGUGAAUGACAAACAGACAAACAUAAUUAUUUAUUGGAAUAAGAAUGAAGAAUUCAACGAGCAAGUGAGUUUUUACAGAAUAGCGCUCCAGGAUUUAAUUGCUACCUGUCUAUCGAAUACGAUCAAAAAACAUUUUAUUCAGAUAUUAUACUUGAUUGUAGUACAUAGAUAAAUGUAUGGAAAUCGAUUUGUUUAGUUUUUUAAUCUAUUUUGCAAACGUUAUUUGAACUAUAUUUGUGCCAAAAUUCAAAGCAGAUUAGUUGUAAAGAAAUUAUGAAAUUAUUGAAAAAUAACGUAUCGAAAACCGAAUUAUUGUAACAUAGAUUAGUUUAUACAACAGCAGUUAUUCAAUUUAAACAGAAUCUUUUUAAAGUAUUGCCAUUUUCCUAUAAGUAAACUUCCAUUCUUGCCAUUGUUAAUAUAUUGUAUUUUAUUUAAAUUUUUUAAAACUUUGUACUUUGAACUAUUGCCAUGUAUUUUAAUAAUUUUAUAUAAUAUAUUCGGGUUUAAGAUGUAUGUUGUUGUUUAAGUCCGAAUAUUUUUUUAAUUUAUAGUUUUUUGUAAUUAAAAUGUAAUUCAAACCGCGCAGCUCGAAAAAUACCCUCCAAUAUACAUAUAAUAUAUUUAAAAAUUGAAAUUAUGUUAUAUUAUAGUUUAAGAACAGAAUAUAAAUUAAAUAUUUUUAAAAUUUUAAUUAAAAUAAAUAUUUAUAUAUUUUUUUUUAUUUUUAUAAAAUUGUUAACAAUAGAGAUAGCUUUAUCAGUCUAUAAAAACAGAUUUAAUACUCGCUGAAUGUAUUGAAUCGUGAAAUUCAAUGAAUUUACAAUUAAAAACCGACUUUAUCUAUAAAUAUUUUAAGGAAUGAUUGUUUAAGCAAUACUGUCUUUUUCUUUCGAAUGUUAAAGCAGUGAUAACAAAAUGUGUCAGUGCUUACGGCAGUGAUAUUGGGAGUCAUAAAUUGUCAGUACAGUAUGUUAAAGGUAAAAUAGUCAGGGAGCUGGCGAUGAAUAUUUCUAUGUGAUUUGUUUGUCUGUUAUGUGAGAAAUAUUAUCUACCGCAUCUGUCAUAGCGCUGUGUAGUUGUAAGACUGCCCACCCAAAAAAAGACAUAUAUUAGAAUUUAAAAACGGGGUUUUAUGAUAUAUGAAUUGCAAAUGUAUGUUAUAUUGUAUUUAAUUCAGUAUAAUAUAAAUUAGAGAUUAAAAUAAGUCAGUAGUGUAUAUGUGUUCCAGUUUGAAUGGUGAGUGAGUCAGUGGAAUUACAGGCACAAUCUUAGAUCCCGUUCUUGACAUCGCAUUGGCAAUAUAAGGAAUGGUUUAAAUUUUUAAAUUGUCAUAUUUGAUCAAUUAUUUGCAAGAGUUUAUUUGCCGUCAUGAAAUAUUAAAAAAAAAACAAUACAACGCUCACGUCUUUUCCUCUAUUUAACUGCUACCUCUUUCGGGUGGGGUUAGGAAAGCCGGAGCGCGUGUAAUAUUAAGUCCUCCAGCUCUAAGUAUUAAGUCGGUUUUAACAUAUCUACUUAUAAUUCAUCAACGAGUAUGAAAUUUGUUUUUAUAAAUAUUUCUAAUAUUUUUAUUUAUGUGUAAACAAAUUCUGCCAUAGUUUGUAAAUAGGUAUGAAGAGUACCUAAGGUUAUGUGAACAAUAUUAUUAGUUCCUAUUUCAAACUUUAAAUAAGAACAUUAUAUUUUUAUAUUUAUGAUGAUUAAAACAUAAAAAAUUAAAAAUAAA